GCCCGGGGGUUGGUAUUCGAGCUGUGCUAGGAGUCAGCAGCCGUUAAUGGUCAGGGCAUUCGGACGGCAGGUUCGACGAGGACUGACGCUUGAAGGCCACAGCUGAGGCGGAUUCUCGGGAGGUGCCGCUGCGCGCGCGGGAAUGGGCCGCAAGCGCAGGGCGACCUAGGGGCGGGUGAGAACGUUCUCGGCCUGUAAAAACAGGCUCGCCUGGAUUAGUUGAAGUUCCGGGCUUUUUUUCUCGAAGGACCCGAGCGUGCGCGUCCAUAUGAAUCACCGCCGAGACCGCUGUGUCCUGUGUGCAGUAGCAUCACCCAGAAGCAAUUUUUUCUUGGGGACCAGGCCGGCUGCUUUCGUUUCCUCUUAUGACAGGUGCUUGAUUGGCUUGUCCUGUCGGUUAGGCAGCCCUCCCAAGAUUAUCUUAAGGUAGAACCAGAUCAAGGGUAGUCACCUGGGGUUUCCCAGGGACCGGUACCUUAAGGACUUGUACAAGGUGUUAGAAGUAAGCAAACCCCGGGUUUCUGCAGUCUUUCUGGUCUCCACUCUUGUCCCGUGCUGCGGCUUUCCAUAAGGCUUAUUAGGCCUUGGUUUUCCAUUGUGUUAUAGGGUGAGAAUUGUAACUGAAGUUCUGAGGGUAAGGUGUUUUGCCCACAGGAAGUCUACUGACCCUGUCUGUAGCAGGAAUCAUUCAGCCUCAGUGUGUUUUGUAUGCGGCUUCUCAGCUGGAACACUUUGGCAGUUUUGGCUUGGAUCUUUGUGAAUCCUGUGAAUUUAAGACCUGGUGUCUCUGUGCAGUGGUUUCUCAGUGAAGAGAAGGUACCCGAAUAAGAAGCAAGGACCACAGAGGCAAACAUCCAAAUCUGCUGGAACUCAAUAUUGGGCGGCCAGCUGAUCAUUUGACUAGAGACCUGUCUGCCCCUGACAGGACCCCUUAGACUCGAAGAAGAAAUUGAGCAUCAAUGGAGUUGCUCAAAUUGUGGUGACACAGCCACUGAGCAAAUUGCUUCAAUUCAUCUACAGACAAAACACUGUCCAGAAAAGGACAAAUUAUGCAGAAUAGUUGACUGAUAAUCUCUGCCAAAGCAGGGUGAUCAGCCCUUCAAAAUCUACAUUACAAAGGUCUGUCAGAUGAUCCUGGGCCAGAAGGCUGAAGACUGAUGCUCCGACAUAUUAAGGAAUAGGGGGACUGUCCAGGUGGUCAGCAGUCUCUAUAAAUUGGCUAAGCUUGGAAGCCAUGUUUUGUGCUUCCCAUAUUUUCAGGGGCCUGUCUGCCCAGUCCAGCACCAUGCACACGCUUGUGUUCCUCAGCACACGCCAGGUGCUUCAGUGCCAGCCAGCUGCCUGCCAGGCCUUGCCCCUGCUGCCCCGAGAACUCUUCCCUCUGCUGUUCAAGGUGGCCUUCAUGGACAAGAAGACAGCCGUGCUGCGUGAGCUGGUGCACACGUGGCCCUUUCCCCUCCUCAGUUUCCAGCAGCUGCUGCAGGAGUGUGCCCACUGCAGUCGAGCCCUGCUGCAGGAACGGCUCAGCACAGAAAGCAUGCAGGCUGUGAUCCUGGGACUGACCGCCCGGAUACAUGCUCGAGAAGCAGAGGCUGGCACACAGCCCGUUUGCAGGAAGCAUACACUGCGGGUACUGGACAUGACUGGCCUCCUGGAUGAUGGUGUGGAGCAGGAUCCAGGAACCAUGAGCAUGUGGGACUGUACAGCGGCGGUAGCCAGAACUUGUAUUGCCCAGCAGCAGGUCGGGACUGCUAAGCCAGGGCUGUCACCAGUCCCCGUGGAAAUUCGUGUAGACCUUCGGGUAAACCGGGCCUCCUAUACAUUCCUUCGUGAGGCACUCCAGAGUAGUGUGGACAGCCUGCUGCGGCUCUGCUGCCGGGACCUCCGGGCUGAGGAUCUGCCCAUGCGUAACACUGUGGCCCUACUACAGCUUCUAGAUGCAGGCUGUCUGCGCCGUAUAGACCUGCGCUUCAAUAACCUGGGCUUGCGUGGCCUGUCUGUCAUUAUCCCACAUGUGGCCCGCUUUCAGCACCUAGCCAGCCUGAGGCUGCAUUAUGUGCAUGGGGACUCCAGACAGCCCUCCGUGGAUGGUGAGGACAACUUUCGCUACUUCCUGGCCCAGAUGGGCCGGUUCAUCUGUCUUCGGGAGCUCAGCAUUGGCUCUUCUCUCCUCUCAGGCAGGCUGGAUCAACUGCUCAGCACCCUGCAGAGGCCCCUGGAAAGCCUAGAGCUGGCCUUCUGUGCACUGUUGCCUGAGGACCUACGCUUCCUGGCUCAGAGCUCUCAUGCUGCCCACCUCAAAAAGCUGGACUUGAGUGGCAAUGACUUGUCAGGCAACCAGCUGACACCCUUCCAGGGUCUGCUGCAGGCAGUAGCAGCCACACUGCUGCAUCUUGAGCUGACUGAGUGCCAGAUUGCUGAUGCCCAGUUGUUGGCCACACUGCCCACCCUGACUCGCUGUGCCAGUCUCCGAUACCUUGGUCUCUAUGGCAACCCUUUGUCUAUGGCAGGACUUAAAGAGCUGCUUCGGGACUCUGUGAUUCAGGCUGAGCUACGUACUGUGGUGCACCCUUUCCCUGUGGACUGCUAUGAGGGUCUUCCUUGGCCGCCACCUGCCUCUGUCCUUCUGGAAGCCUCCAUCAAUGAGGAGAAGUUUGCCCGUGUAGAAGCUGAGUUACACCAGCUGCUGUUAGCUUCAGGCCGUGCCCAUGUACUCUGGACCACAGACAUCUAUGGCCGGCUGGCUGCAGACUAUUUUAACCUCUGAUCUCCAGGUCUUGGUGAAGUCUUAGGUUUUCUGCAGAGUUUGCCUUUCUCCUGGGUACACCUUGAGUCACCUCUACUUUCUGCAGUGUCCUUCACCUGCUUAUCUGGCUGCCUCUCGGUGUCUCAGGCCUGUGCUCCCCUGUUCUGUAUGAUGUACUUGAUGGCUCUGCUGAGUUGCGGUGUCUCUGUAGAAAACGGUUCCUGGACACAUCCCAUGCCCUCAGCAGGGGUGCAGUACAUUGAGGUAGAUGUUAGGAUGAUCUGCUCCAGGGCAUCUUUGGGUCUUAUACUGUGUACCCUGCCUGGCACCCUAGUACCUGGCUCUGGAGGGUGUGAGUAAGGUACAAAUGUGCAGUAUCUGAAAUGUGAAUUUAUGGGCUUUUUGAUGUGUGUGUCCUAAUUGGAUGGGAAAGACUUACCUGCUUUUCUAGUGUU